AUGGCCUUCCAAGCCUUACGCGCGCGACGCGAUGCGCGUCAGCGGGACUGGCGUCGCCGCUCCACGGAGGCGCCUACGCAUGCAUGCCAGGCGAUCCCAGGGACCUCACUGGAGGUCGAGGUAACGACAUUGGCCGGCCGAGGCCUACGUCUCUCUCCGCAGGCAGCGCCAUGUCAACCUGGCGACACGCUCGCAGAGUUUCCGACGUCCGUCUCUGUGCUUGCCACCUCGCAAGUCCCCCAUCGAUGCCACUUCUGCUUCAGCAAGCCGGACCAUGCGCUUGUUCGCUGCUCGCGGUGCCAUUUUGCGCGGUACUGCGGUGCCCAGUGCCAAGCCGCGGCAUGGACCGACUAUCGGCAUCGUGAUGAAUGCCAUGCGCUGCGCCGCUGGUUUCGUACGGCGGAGCACCCCGACACGCUCCCAGACCUCGCACGCGAGCCUGGCCCGUCUGUCCGGGCCCUAGCGCAGCUUCUGUGGCGCCGCCAACGACAGGAUGCUGCAUGGUGGCAGCCGCAUGCACGCAUGAUCUCACACCGGACUACAUUGGACGCAGCGAGCCAAGAAGAGGCCGCGUCGAUCGCGUAUCGACUGGCCCAGUUCCUCGGGUCCGAAGGCACGCUACGUGCCCUCGGGAUCGAGCAUGCCGAUGCGUUGCUCGAGCUCGUGUGCCAGCACAGAGCGAAUGGAUUCACGCUCUCUGAUCCUCACUUGGAUCCCAUCGGUGUAUGUAUCCAGCCCACGGCCGCGCUUCUCAAUCAUGCAUGCGAGCCCAAUGCCGUGGUGGUCUUCCCGGAGGCGAAGCCAGGCCAUCGAUGUCGUAUGCACAUUCUUGCUCUUCAGCCUAUCCAGCCUGGUGACGCGGUACUUACGUCGUACGUCGACGUAGCGACGCCCCAUGCAGAGCGGCAGCGAAUCUUGCGGGAGCGCUAUCACUUUACAUGCCGCUGUGCACUGUGUACACGGCACGACAGCUGGAUCGAUCCACGCACAGCGCUAUGGUGUCCGCAUACGGGCUGCGUUGGAUGGGUCUCGCCCACAGCGCCGUCGGCGUGCCGGCAGUGCCAUCGUGUGCCUGGAGCGAUGGAUGUCCAAGCCACACUUGCACAAGCACAGGAAGCCGCGCUGCACGUCGAAAAGGCCAUGGCAUCAAACGACCUACACACGAUACCCAGCUACGUGGCCAUUUCGCUGCCUGGCCUCAGCGCUAUCGCACCGCCCUCGCACCAUCUCAUGUGGACACUCCUGCACGCCGCGCAAGUUGUGGCGAUUGAAAAAGAGGCGUGGGACGAAGCGAUAUCGUAUGCCCUGCUUCUGUGUGCAGGCAUGCAAGCGCGGGGCGCGCGGGAUGCACGCAGCUGUCUCUAUAUACCCGGCCACCCCCAACGUGCUGUCCUCCUGGCGACGCUCGGGCGUCUUUUGGCACAGAGCACGUCCGACACGCCACCGACUGCCUCGGCAUGGCUGGCACGGCCACCACCGAUCCCACCCAGUGCCCAGGCACGCCGCGAGAUGGCGUGGGCCAUCUUGCAGCAGGCACAGCACGAGGCGCUGGUCGGAUUCGGACGUGCGACGCAGGGCGGCACGGUGGGCCACCUCGUUCGUGCUACGCUGCAUGUACUAUCGCAAGAGCAGGAGGCCGCACGCACUAUGUGCCAACCCACUUCAUAG